ACAUGAGCUUCAGUCUCCGGAGUAGCAUUACCGAGGCGGUGGAUUCGCACUGCUGAAGACACAAGAAUCGCCCGACAUGGCUGCCCGAGAUUUUGCAGGGUACCAGAGGUUGAGGAUCAGUGUUGGUUCUUUGUACCAGUUCCUUGACCUGUGAUACUGGCCAUGGUGCAGUGAUAUAAGCAAUGUAACCAAAGAGGUUACAUUACUAAAGGAUCCUCCAGAAAUACAAAGUGUUGCAGAGCAGAGUUAUCCAGAACAGAUAAAUUUGUUGUGGCUACCUUAGUCCGUCCUGUGGCCGCCCCAGAGUGUUUUACCUAGACAGCCUGAGAAAGGGAAAGUGUUCUAAGUGACUGUGCUUGAAAACCUAGCAGACUUUUCAACAAUGUGAAACACUUUCAAAUGUGAAACAUUCAGUAGCCCAAGGGUGACGAUCCAGGAACAAAGUAGGACUUUAUCUUGCAUGUGCUAGAGGUGUUCUACUACUCAAAUGGCUGGAGAGUGAGAGUUGCAACAAGUGCAUGUCCUAAUAAGCGUCCUGAGAAACUCCUUGCAAGUGAUUUUGGUUUGCUCAGCAGAUAGCCAGAUCUUAAUGAGAUGCAAGUGACGGUGUGGCUCUGUCUUGCUGCACUGUGUGGCCUGGCGUCUCCUUAUGCGCUGUCUUGCUGUGACCAGGUCCUGCCUUGCCUGCACCAGUGCCUGCACUCAACGCCCAAGCCUAUUUACCCAACAUGGCUGCCAACUUACCCAACGCAAAGACCAACGUGGCCAACUUAUCCAACUUACCCAACAUAUCCAACAUACCCAACCCAAAGACCAACAUACGAACCAUGUCCAAUAUAUCCAACAUACCCAACACAAAGACCAACAUGGCCAACAUACCCACCAUGUCCAACAUAUCCACCAGCAAGACCAACGUGGCCAAGUACCUGCGGUCAUUACCACCAGACUGUAUGCCCUUAUGCUGGCCGAAAGAAGCGUAGCAGUGGACAGAGGAGAUGCUCGUUGGAAGGCCACUGCCCCCAAGGUUACUCCUGCUGCCCCAAUGGGUGUCCUGGACAGAGAGUGUGUGUGCUAGCCUCGUCCUCGUAUGCCCCUGACCUGCAGAGCCACGAGACAUCACCAGAUCGACAGGUGAACGUGAGCGUCAUCUACAGCACAGCUAGUACCUUGUCCCACUGGCUGUUCCAAUACCAGGUAAUGCCCGUCACGUCAGCUCUGCCCACGUACGUCAGCUUGGAACAAGUUCCCUUCAGCAACAUGGAACAGAGCGGCGAGUGCCAGUACGGUGCCUCUGAGUGCCUGGGAAACAUGCUGGUGUCAUGCGUCGCUCGGUAUAUGCAGAAUCAGAGUGCCGUCCUCUCCUUCGCCUUCUGCCUCACGAAGGACACGGCGCUGCUGAAGGGCGGGAGUGCGACGCCCGUGCUGAAGAAGGCCCUGGAGUGUAUGGAAGACCAACCCAAAGUCUGGAACAAAGUGGCGGUUUGUGUGAGCACCGAAGAGGGUUCGAACCUCUUUACGGCGGCUUGGAACCGACAGAAGGAGAUCGGAAUCGUAUACAAUGGGAAUCCGAUUGUGGCCUUCAAUGGGGAGGUGGUCAUUUCGACUGUCGAAGAUCUAGGCAAGUUUACGGAAUUCAUUUGCCUCCGCCUCCGGGACAACAAGAAAGUUCAGAAUACCUGCAGGCACCUCCUCCACGACACGAAUGUAGUGACCUAAGAGUCAAAUUUGACCUGACCUAAGUUGGACUUGACCUCGUAUAACUCGCUGUGAGCCAGUUCCUUACUUCUCUGACCAGUAAAGAGUGAAAGUGAUUUCAAAAGAUUGUUUACACUUGACAAUGUUUCUGUUUUCUUACCUUAAAAUCUGAUGAAAUUUUAAUAAUUUUUUUGAUCUGUUCUUAAUUUGUCAUAAAUAUGGUAAGAAAUUAUGUAUAAUUAUACAAUUUGCAUUCCAUAGUUUGAAUAAAGUUAAUAAAAAAUAA